GUCGCGGGGUCGGGAUGGGCCAAUCCAAUCCUAACACUCCAACUCAGAAUAUUCUCAGUGGAGGCUAAAUUUUCAGUGGGGGGUUGAUUGACUUGAUUCUUCCCACUGCCUAAUGAUAUCUGUCAUCCGACCGCUAGCGUCUCUUGCCCUGUAAAUUAAAACCAAAGUUAUUCAAUUCAAGCACUGAUAUCUUUCACAUUGACCUGCAGAAAACCCAGAAAAGCCAUGAACGAAUCAUCACAUUCUUCUAUGUCUUCAUCUUUUUUACCCCCGAAAUGCGGAACUGUUGAAGAAACAGAAACCCAAAAUGAAACUGUUACAGCUGGUUUUCAUAAUAUGAGUCCGGAGUUGCUUCAGCAAUUGGUUUACGAUGCUCUGGUGUGGAGUUCUCUCCAUGGGCUUGUUGUUGGAGACCGGAGCGUCCAGAGGUCAGGAAUGAUUCCUGGUGUGGGUAUGGUGCAUGCUCCUUUUGCUUUAUUGCCCAUGGUGUUCCCUCAAAGUCAUUGGCAACAAGCUUGUGAGUUAGCUCCCCUCUUCAAUGAGCUUGUGGAUCGUGUGAGCUUGGAUGGGAAAUUCCUACAGGACUCGCUUUCCAGAACUAAGAAAGUUGAUAUCUUUACCAGUAGACUCUUGGAUAUUCAUUCGAAGAUGUUAGAAAUCAAUAAGAAAGAGGAAAUACGUCUGGGUUUGCAUCGCUCAGAUUAUAUGUUUGAUGCUCAAACUAAUCUACUAUUCCAAAUAGAGCUCAACACUAUUUCAUCUUCAUUCCCUGGUCUUAGUUGUCUUGUCAGUGAGCUUCACAGGAACUUACUUCGUCACCAUGGAGAGCACCUUGGAUUAGAUCCAACAAGGAUCCCUGCGAACAAUGCUGUCAAUCAAUAUGCAGAUGCAUUAGCUAGAGCUUGGAAUGAGUAUAAUGAUUCAAGGGCUGUCAUUAUGAUUGUGGUCCAAACUGAAGAACGUAACAUGUAUGACCAACAUUGGCUUUGUUUCACGUUGAAGGAGAAACAUGAUGUGACAGUCAUUCGUAAAACUUUGACAGAAAUUGAUGCAGAAGGGGAGCUUCUGCCAGAUGGAACACUUCUUGUAUGUGGCCAAGCAGUUGCUGUUAUCUACUUCAGAGCUGGGUAUACACCAAAUGAUUAUCCUUCAGAAUCAGAAUGGAGAGCUAGGCUACUAAUGGAGCAGUCCUCUGCUAUCAAGUGCCCAUCUAUUUCCUACCAUUUAGCAGGAACCAAGAAGAUUCAGCAAGAGUUGGCAAAACCUAAUGUACUUGAAAGGUUCCUCGAGAACAAGGAUGAUAUUGCCAAGCUACGUAAAUGCUUUGCUGGAUUAUGGAGUUUGGAUGACUCCAAUGCUGUGAAGAAUGCAAUCAAGAGCCCUGAGUUAUUUGUUCUCAAGCCCCAACGUGAAGGAGGAGGGAACAAUAUCUAUGGUGACAAUGUGAGGGAAACUCUAUUGAAACUGGAAAGGGAAGGGACUGAAGAACUUGCUGCUUACAUUCUUAUGCAAAGGAUUUUUCCAACUGCUGCUUCUGCAUUUCUGGUUCGGGAUGGCAUUUGUCAUCAAGACCAUGCCAUAUCAGAACUUGGGAUAUAUGGUGCUUAUCUAAGGAACAAAGAGAAAGUGAUAAUUAAUGAUCAAUGUGGUUAUCUGAUGCGGACAAAAGUGUCAUCAUCAAAUGAAGGUGGAGUUGCUGCUGGUUAUGCAGUCCUGGAUAGUAUAUAUUUGAAUUGAUUGAGCGGAUUUGCAAAGAAACCAAAUUAAAAGGGUAGCCCAGUGUACGAGGUGCCUGCCAAUGCGGGGUCUGGGGAGGGACAGAUGUACACAGCCUUACCCCUGUACAAACAGAGAGGUUGUUUCCAAAUUAUUUCCACCAAGUGUUUCCAUUUUUAUGGCAAUAAAAAUAAAUAACAAAACUCUCCUGAUGGUCAUACUUUAUUGUUUAUUGUGACUCAAGCGUGGAAGCAAGGAAAGUAAUCAUGGAAGAAUAAAUGAAACUUCUUCAUAUUCUUGAGCAAGUGGCAAUUUCAUUAUUUUGGGUCA